GCCAGCGCGGCUGUGGGCCGCGGCCGAGGAGGUGAAGGGCAAGCGGUGAGGACCAGUAGGCCCGAUGGGGCAGCGCUCCCUCUCUCCCCCAGCCCGUGGAGAUGGUGGGGAAAAGAUGGUUGCAGCGGCCUCCUGGAAGUCCUAAACAGUUCAUCUUGGUGUACCGUUUUCCUGUUGUGAUUGCAUCAUGGAAAAUCAGUUGGCUAAAUCAACUGAAGAACGAACAUUUCAAUACCAGGAUUCUCUUCCAUCUCUGCCUGUUCCUUCACUUGAAGAAUCAUUAAAAAAAUACCUUGAAUCAGUAAAGCCAUUUGCAAAUACAGAAGAAUAUAAAAAAACUGAAGAAAUUGUCCAAAAAUUUCAAGAUGGUAUUGGAAGAAAAUUGCACCAGAAAUUACUUGAAAGGGCAAAAGGAAAAAGAAAUUGGCUGGAAGAAUGGUGGCUGAAUGUUGCCUAUCUGGAUGCUCGUUUACCGUCACAAUUGAAUGUCAAUUUUGCUGGUCCUGCACCUUAUAUUGAACACUACUGGCCUCCAAAGGAAGGGACUCAGUUGGAAAGAGGAAGUAUAAGUCUUUGGCACAACUUGAACUACUGGCAGCUAUUAAGAAAGGAAAAAGUGCCUGUUCAUAAAGUUGGAAAUAAUCCUCUAGAUAUGGAUCAAUUCCGAAUGGUGUUUUCCACAUGCAAGAUUCCAGGGAUUACUAGAGAUUCAAUUAUGAAUUAUUUUAGGACUGAGAGCGAAGGGCGUUCCCCAACUCACAUUACGGUGCUUUGUCGAGGCCGAGUCUUUGUCUUUGAUGUAAUGCAUGAAGGAUGUUUGAUGACCCCACCAGAGAUUCACAGGCAAUUGACAUAUAUUCACAAGAAGUGCCAUAGUGAACCCGAUGGACCUGGGAUACCAGCAUUAACCAGUGAGGAGCGAACCCGAUGGGCUAAGGCACGAGAAUAUUUGAUUAGUCUUGAUCCGGAGAACUUGACUAGGUUAGAAAAAAUUCAAAGCAGUUUACUGGUGUAUUCCCUAGAGGAUAGCAGUCCACAUGUAACGCCAGAAGAUUAUUCUCAGGUAACUGCAAUGAUUCUUGCAGGAGAUCCAACAUUACGCUGGGGAGACAAAUCGUAUAACUUGAUUUCCUUUUCCAAUGGAGUAUUUGGCUGUAAUUGUGAUCAUGCUCCUUUUGAUGCAAUGGUUCUAGUAAACGUCAGCCAUUAUGUUGAUGAGAAAAUUGUAGAGAAUGAAGGAAGAUGGAAGGGUUCAGAAAAAGUACGGGAUAUAUCACUUCCAGAGGAGCUCGUUUUCACUGUGGAUGAUAAAAUCCUAAACAACAUUAAACAGGCUGAAGCCCAAUAUCUCAAGCAGGCAUCUGAUCUGCAGAUUGUGGUGUAUGCCUUUACAUCUUUUGGCAAAAAACUAACCAAGAAGAAGAGGCUUCACCCUGAUGCAUUUAUUCAGCUUGCACUUCAGCUGGCCUAUUAUAGACUUCAUGGACGCCCUGGCAGCUGCUAUGAAACUGCCAUGACCAGAUACUUUUAUCAUGGCCGCACAGAGACUGUGAGGUCAUGUACAGUAGAAGCAGUCAGGUGGUGCCAGUCCAUGCAGGAUCCCUCUACUAGUCCUCUUGAGCGACAGCGAAAGAUGUUACAAGCUUUUGCAAAACAUGAUAAAAUGAUGAAAUAUUGUUUGGCUGGAAAAGGAUUUGACCGUCAUCUUUUAGGUCUUUUACUCAUAGCAAAAGAGGAAGAUCUUCCAGUUCCAGAACUCUUUACAGACCCACUUUUCUCCAAAAGUGGAGGAGGUGGAAACUUUGUUCUCUCAACAAGUCUGGUUGGGUAUUCAAGAGUCCUGGGAGUGGUGGUUCCCAUGGUACACAAUGGCUAUGGAUUUUUCUACCACAUCAGAGAUGACAGGUUUAAUGUGGCCAGUACAGCCUGGAAAUCCUGCCCAGAAACUGAUGCAGAAAAGCUGGUUCAGCUGGUUUUUCAUUCUUUCCAAGAUAUGAUGCAACUGAUGAACACUGCUCAUCUUUAGAGACUAGUCAUUUAUUAAGCAUUGACAAAAAUAUUACACUGGGUGUGGAGAGUGGGUUGUUGAUGUGAGAUAGAAAGGAAUAUUGAUUUAAGGAAACUUGUUAAAUGUAGACAUAGGUAGAAUCACGUUUUUUAAAUCUAUUCUCACCUAGAAGAUAAAAAUAGGAUUUUUAAGCUUCCUCUGAUGCAGUAGCAAUGCAAAUUGAUACAAUGAGAUAUAGCAUCAUGCGAAAGUUGAAGAUGAGCCUCAACAAUGCAAGUCUACAAUUUUUAAUAAUGCAAGUCUUACUCUUAACUUACAAAUAUUUUUGUUGGUACCUGUAUAGGUUAUAAAUCCUCUGACCAUCAUUGUAGAGUCUGUCUUCCAAGCACUUUAACAGUUUCUAGUUGCCAAAGGAUAUAAAGUACAUGAUUAAAUGCUAACUCCCCAUGAAAUCAUUGCCUUCCACAUUCAGCACAGGGAUACAAGCCUGCUUUGUUUGAUGG